AUGCGUUUUAGGUUGAUUCUAGUUGUUUUUGUUGCUUUAGUUAUGGGCUAUAAUAAAAAGGACUCUUGUUAAAACAUAUAGAAAUUUACAUAUGAUGAAUGGGAUGCUAAAUUAAUGUGUCCGAAUCCUUUAGCUCCAAUUCUAGAAACAUAAAAUAUACCUAAGACAAAGUGUAGUAGAUUUAAACCUAAUUUUGAUUCUUCAAAUAGAAGAUUGAAUACUCAAGAUGUUGAAGAAUUAAGAUAAAAAAUGAAAUAGAAACAAGAAGGAAAUCUAAAAUUUGAUCAUGAUCAACAAUAUAGGCAAUUUAAAGAAUAAUAAAGAAAAGAUGAAUUAUGA